AUGCCUCUCAUGAUGAGCGCCGGCUGCGUGGAGGCCUUGAACGACCACGGGCCGGCCGUGACUCCGCCGCAUGAGCGCCGCGCCGCCGCGUGCAGAGCGGAGCUGCGGGACGCGCUGCAGCAGUGGGCGGCGGAAGCGAGGCGGAGAGAAGCCGAGGCCGACUGGGAGCUGCGGAGCCGCCUUUCUCAGCGCACACGCCACGAAGUUUACAGCCCCGCUGAGAGCACUCCUGAUAACCGCCCUAGUUCCGCCGACAAUUCCUCCGCGCUGCUGUGCUCCGCGGCUUGGCGGCGGGCGGCGCUAGCGCGAGCUGCGGCGAGUGUGUUCGUGGGGAGGGCAGUGAGGCGCAACGUGACGUCGCUGGCGCGGAUAGAAGCGGGCGUGGAUGCUGUGUGCCGCGGGGUGCGCGAGGUAGAAGCCCGGCUGGUCGGCGAGUGCAGCCACCAGGGUAGCGCGGGUGGCGAGGGUGGGAAGGUGCUAGCAGAUGAAGCAGGAGGAGCAACAGGAGCAGGCGCAGGCGCAGGCGCAGGAGAAGGAGAAGGAGCAGGAGCAGGAGGAGGAGCAGGAGAAGGAGAAGCAGCAGCAAAGUGCGGCACGUGGCCUGAGGCGUGCUGGCCUGUGCCACACAUGCCGUUCGCCGAUGCGAUGUCCGUCAGGGCGCGCAAGUUGCUCGUCUUUGCGUACUCGGAGGAGCAGCUGUCCAACACGCGCUCUCACCUCGCAGAGGCCGCCCGGGUGGCGCAAGCCACCAACCGCACGCUCGUGCUGCCCAAGGCCAGUCACAGCCGCCUCUCACUCGACCGCGCCCUGCCGCUGUGCACCUACUUCGACCUCUCUCGCCUCGACGCCCACUGGAUCUCACCAGAGCUCUUCCUGCUUCUUGCUAGGGUGGCUCUCAUCCCCCCUGUUUCUUCUGCUGCUGCACCUGCCGCCGGCCCUUCCGUGGCCUUUCUGCAUGUGCAGGCGAACCAAACAUGGCGCAGGCCCUUCAGUCAGCGGCCGCUGGUGGACAUGCUGAGUGAGCUGAUGGUGUAUGGCAUGGGCCACGCGCCGGCGAAGCACAACACUGUUGAUGUCUUGAUGCCGGCCAACAACAGUGCGAUUCUCCACAUGUUGUAUAAGUGGCGGCACACGGACGUGCUGGUGUGGGUGAAGAGCACGUUCCACCGGGUGCCCUUCCACCCUCCCACCAACGCCAUUUCUCUCCAGAUGCUUCCAUACAGCCAGGCGUGGCACGCCAUGGCGCAUCAAGCCAUGGCCCGCCUGCCCCCUCGGUACAUUGCAGUGCACUACCGAUCCGAGUUCAUCGCCUUCCACCUCGUGCACAAGCUAGCGCAACAAGGCCUGAAGGCGGAGGCAGGCGUGCUGGACGAGCUGAUGACAGGGUGCAUGGAGGCGGCACGCGACCUCAUCAACGGCAUGAAGCGCCGCCACCACAUCUCCGCCGUCUUCAUCGCCGCCGACGUGCCGCUUGAUGAGAGGGCGGGCAGCGUGGUGCGGUCGGACUCGUGGAAAGCCACCACGUGGAUGUUUGACCGGCAGGAGAGGGCGCUGCAGGCCCCGCGGGAGAAGCUGCGGUGGUUGAGGGAGCAGGUGGAGGGCACGGUGAUGGUGGACGAGCUGCUGCCCGCCAUCGACCAGUACGACCCCGGCAUCGUGGCCAUAGUGGACAAGCUGCUGUGUGCACAUGCCCACAUCUUCUUGGCUGGGUCCGUCAUAUGCGGAGGGACCCGUGGGUUUGAGGAGGACAUUACCAGCCACAGGGUUAACCUCAACAACACCUUUCUCCGCAGAUGGUUAUCACCGUCAACACACCUUCUACAGCAGUUGAAUUUGAGCUCCGCAGGUGUAGGGUGA